UUUGAAAGCGUGAGGCGGGACGGGCGUGGGGCUGAGGAAUCUGUAAUUACAGCAGCAAAGGCUGAGUGGAUGUUCUUUCAAAUAAAUCCCAAACAAUGUUCAGAGGAUCUAAAACUCCCCUGAAAGUUAAAGAAAACGAGAGUGGCUGUCCUGAACAGAAGGAAGAGGCCUCUUUACCUCCAUCAAGAGCCCAGAAGAGCUGCAAAGCGACCAAGCCCAGAGUCAUCAGGCCAUCCAAGAAGGAGAAUUUCACUGAUGGGAAGGGGACACGGUCACCAAAACGUGCCUGGAAAUGCCCCAGAGGCCCCGAGGAGAGCUCGUGCCAGCCCCAGGGGGCUGAUGUGGGCUGGCAGCUCCCGGGGGGCUGCUCGGGGGCACUGGGGGGGGAUGUGCUCAGUGAGCCCCCCUUGCCUUUGCUCACCAGGGAGGAUUUGUCCAGCAGCCCGGCUGCUCCCUUGGGAAACGCCUUCUCCACUCCUGAGAGGGACCAAGUGGAGGGAAAGCCUGAUUUUGGGCUGUCUGAACAGAGGAAAAAACCCGUUGAUUUUGCUGCUGUGCUAAAUGCCGAGGUUGGGAUCGCUCAGGAAGGUUUUGGAACACGACCCACGGGGCCUUCCCCAACUUCACUGAAAUUUAGGAGAAGAUCAACCAUUGGAUUGAGGGGAUCACCAGAAAACAACACUCUGAUCCGGUACCUGGCCCAGCAGAGGAGCAGCAGACAGAAAGAAGCUUUCACCCAGAUCAGUCCUUUUAAACCUGCAAAUGUGAGGUCGCUGAAGGACAAGAUCGAUGCUUUCCAAGCCUCCUUUGAAUCCCUGCAGGAAGCUGAGGCAGAGGCUGGGCCCUCACACCUGGGGGAGCCUGCCCAGGAAGGACGUUCCUCCCAGAACAAACCACCUUCUAAAAAAGAGCCAAACCUGGAGCAGUGGACUGAAAAGUUUAUGUUGGGCAACAGUGGAGCUGCUUUGAAAGAAAAUUUAAGAGCAAAUGGGAGCAAGAGCAGCAGGAGUGAGCUCAGGAUCUGCAGCAUCUUGUCCCCACACCAAGCUGUGACUGUCACUGACCCUGCUGCUGAAAAGGUAUGGGUUUGUGAGCAGCAAAAUCCUGUGAAAUCCUUGGACACUGUUGUAACUGGAGAUUCCCUGGAAACAGGCCAUGUGUCACAGCUCUGUUCUUGCCCUGCAGCUGCCAGGUGUGAGCACGGUGGUGCUGCUGAUGCUGUGGCAGAGCUCAGCACAAGGAAGGCUGUGGAAGAGGUGAGCCUGGCAGUGCUGGCUGGAAACCAAACCCCUGGGAGCACCCCCAGCACUGAGCUCUCCCUGCCGAGACCCAUCCUGAAGAGAACCCCGGGCAGGGAGCUCCGCCACGGCCCCGAGGCUGAUUCAGUGCUUGCACCAAGGAUGAGCAUAAAGGAAUACUUAAACAGUGCCACUGACAGAGGAGAAGAUGAAUCUGCUGCAAUCUCCAGUUGUGUAGAAGCCUUUGAAACAUUGCAAACAGAGACAACUGACAGUCAGAACUCCAAAACGCCGAAGAAGAAAAAAGUGACUUUUGGGGAAGUUCUGAGCCCUGAAAUCUUUGACCAGAGUCUUCCUGCCAACACCCCCUUGCGCCGAGGAGCCUCCCCAGGGCGACCCCUGGGGCAGAGCCCGGGGCCAGGGCCGGGCCUCUCCCAGGAGCCUCUGCCCCCCCUGGAUUUUGCCUGGGAUGAUGAAGGCGUUGAGCCUCCCCCAGAAUUCCUGGAAGGUUCUGUUGCUGCAGAAGCCCCUUCAUCUGUUGAAAUGGCAGAAGUAGCAGAGACUGACAAACCUGACAUAACAACUUGUUCUUCUACUAAAAGGAAGUGCAGGGCCGUGGCACAGGGCACUGAUGGGAGCAGCUCAGGAGCCACAAACACUGAGAAUGACAAAAACACUAAAAAUCCAAGAAGGAGCAAGAUUCAGAGACAGAAGGAUCCAACCACAACUGCUCCCAAGAAGACCCAGAAAACAAAAUACCCUAGCUACGGGAAAAGAAGAAAGAGAAAAGUGAAGAAAUCUUUGUAUGGGGAAAGAGAAAUGGCUUCUAAGAAACCCCUGCUCAGCCCUAUCCCUGAAAUUCCAGAGGUUUUCUCUUCUGUGUCAUCUCCAGACUCACCAAAGGCAGAUGCACUUUUCACAGGGGGUGCCAGCUGGGGUGACCCCCAGCGCAGGGGUGCCUGCAGGGACCCUGCCCAGGAGCCCCAGGCUGGGAGGACGCGUGCCAGGGGCCUCCCUGCAGCUGCCCUGUGCCCAAAGCCCGGGCUCCUGGAGGAGGCAGCAGCCACCAGCUCUGGGCAUGGAGACUCUGAGGGGCCAGGGGGGCUGCAGCCUGCUCCUGGCACUGCUCCUGGCACUGCUCCUGAGCAGGGCAAAGAGAUUCUAUGUGGAAAAGAAGCAAAAGAAAGCAGUUCCUUGAUAGAAAAGGAAGAAUUACAAGGAAAUCUUCUAAGUGGGCUGGAAAUUCUGGAGCAACAGGAUGUACAGGAGGAUGCCCAGAGAGCCAAGUGUCCUCAGAAGGAUUCUGUCAGAGGUGAUGCAGCAAGGAGAAGAAGAAGAAGCAGCAGUGCCUUUUACUUCCCUCCUGUUGGAAACUUGGAAAUAACUGGGGCUGAUGUUGCAGUUUGCUCUUACAGUGUGGAAGAAGUUCUGUCAGUGCCCCAGGGUGCUGAGGUCAGGGUGAGGCGCAGCAUGAGGCUGAGCAGGGAUGCAGCAAAUACGGGACUUGCGUGGAUUCAGCUUCCCAGUGAGAUUCCCAAGCAGCCUCCCCUCCCGGCUGCUCCCAAAGCCAGGAGAAGCAGCAGCACAUCCAUCCUAGCAGGAGCUGAGAAUAUUCACCACAAGGAGCAAAACCUCCUCCCCUUGCCAGCCCCAGGGAAGGAGAAUGAGGACUCUGCUCCUCCUGCUGCUGCUCCUGGCAGGAGGUGGAGGAGGAGAAGCUCCUGUGAAGCCACAGCUCAAGAAACGCCCUGGGCUCCCACCCAGAGAAGGAGAAGCACAAAUUCUGUGUGUGGGAAGGGCAGGAGUGACCAAAAACACUCGGAAGCAGCAGAAACUCUUGAGCUAAGAUUGAAAGAUGUCUCAGGCAUCUCUGAUUUUCUGAAGUGA